AUGCCACGGACCCCCUCGACAAAGCGUGACGUUGUACCUGACGCUUUUCAUGAUGAUUCAAGCAGUAAUGCUCUAUCCAGCCCACCCGAAUCACCAGCUUCGCCUCCUCCAGCUUCAUCGUUCAGAGGCCAGCUGAGCAAAUUUGAAUUCAAAGAACAAGAAGGCCGAACCUCUACUAAUCCCAUACCCAAAGCAGCUUUUGCCUCUACCUCCACAACAAGAUCUAGCAAACGCUCCCUUUCCACCACCUCCACCACCCCACCAUCCAGCCAGCCUAAGAAACAAAAGCGCAAACCCAGCAAAUACGCACCACCCUCAAAAUACGCACACCUGAGUCCCCUGACGGACAUUCUCGCCCCAAAUUUAAUCUGCGUCUUCGUCGGCACCAACCCGGGCAUUGGCACUGCCGUCGCAGGCCACGCCUAUGCCCACCCUUCCAAUCUCUUCUGGAAACUGCUGCACUCGUCCGGUCUGACGGAUCGCCGCUUGAAGCCAGAGGAAGAUCGUGGUCUACCAGCGUUGUACUGCAUGGGCAACACGAACAUUGUAGAGCGUCCUAGCAAAGACGCCGCAGAGCUGUCCAAGGAGGAAAUGGCCGCAGGGACCCAGAGGCUAGAAGAAAAGAUUCGAUCGUUUAGACCAGAGGCGGUGUGUAUUGUCGGUAAAGGCAUCUGGGAGGCUGUUUGGAGAUAUAGAUUUGGCAGGGGGAUGAGAAAAGGUGAGUUUCGGUAUGGGUGGCAGGAUGUAGAGCAGAAUAUGGGCAAGGUUGAUGGUGAUGGUGGAUGGGAGGGCGCAAGAGUGUUUGUGACGACGAGUACGAGUGGGCUUGCGGCGAGUCUGAAACCAGCUGAGAAAGAGGCGAUUUGGCGGCCGUUUGGAGAGUGGGUGAGGAAGAGAAGAGAGGAGAGGGGAUGGGUUCCGCAGGUGGCGUCGAGUGAUGCUGUCAAUCAAAACAACCCACAAACAUGA